GGUUUCAGUGGUCUGGAUGGUGCCAAGGGUGAGCCUGGUCCUGCUGGCCCCAAGGGCGAGCCCGGCAGCCCCGGGGAGAACGGUGCUCCUGGGCAGAUGGGUCCUCGUGGGCUUCCCGGCGAGAGAGGCCGUCCCGGUCCUUCUGGCCCCGCUGGUGCUCGCGGUAACGACGGUGCUCCCGGUGCUGCCGGUCCUCCCGGUCCAACCGGUCCCGCUGGUCCCCCCGGCUUCCCCGGUGCUGCUGGUGCUAAGGGUGAAACCGGUCCCCAGGGUGCUCGUGGCAGCGAAGGUCCCCAAGGUGCCCGUGGUGAGCCCGGUCCCCCCGGCCCUGCUGGUGCUGCUGGUCCUGCUGGCAACCCCGGUGCUGAUGGUCAACCUGGUGCCAAGGGUGCAACUGGUGCUCCUGGCAUCGCUGGCGCUCCCGGCUUCCCCGGCGCCCGCGGGCCCUCCGGACCCCAGGGUGAUGCUGGUGCUCCCGGUGCCCCCGGGGGCCAAGGCCCCCCCGGUCUGCAGGGUAUGCCCGGAGAGCGCGGUGCUGCCGGCCUGCCAGGCGCCAAGGGUGACAGAGGUGCCCGUGGUGAGACCGGCCCCGCCGGCCCCCCUGGUGCUCCCGGUGCCCCCGGUGCCCCCGGCCCUAUCGGUCCUGCUGGCAAGAACGGAGACCGCGGCGAGACCGGUCCCCAAGGUCCCGCUGGCCCCCCUGGUCCUGCUGGUGCUCGUGGUCCUGCUGGUCCACAAGGUCCCCGUGGUGACAAAGGUGAAACCGGUGAACAGGGUGACAGAGGCAUGAAGGGUCACAGAGGCUUCUCCGGUCUCCAGGGCCCACCUGGUCCUCCUGGCUCUCCUGGUGAACAAGGUCCUUCUGGUGCUUCUGGUCCCGCCGGUCCAAGAGGUCCUCCUGGCGAAUACUGGAUCGACCCCAACCAAGGCUGCAACCUGGAUGCCAUCAAGGUCUACUGUAACAUGGAGACGGGCGCGACAUGCCUCUACCCCACCCAGGCCACCAUUGCCCAGAAGAACUGGUACCUCAGCAAGAAUCCCAAGGAGUUGAAGCACGUCUGGUUCGGCGAGACAAUGAGCGAUGGCUUCCAGUUCGAGUAUGGUGGUGAGGGCUCCAACCCAGCCGACGUCGCCAUCCAGCUGACCUUCCUCCGCCUGAUGUCCACCGAGGCCUACCAGAACAUCACCUACCACUGCAAGAACAGCAUCGCCUACAUGGACCAGCACACGGGCAACCUGAAGAAGGCCCUUCUCCUCCAAGGCGCCAACGAGAUCGAGAUCAGGGCUGAAGGCAACAGCCGCUUCACCUACAGCGUCACCGAGGACGGCUGCACGAGUCACACCGGCGCUUGGGGCAAGACAGUCAUCGAGUACAAGACGACGAAGACCUCUCGCCUGCCCAUCAUUGAUUUGGCUCCCAUGGACGUUGGCGCUCCAGACCAGGAAUUCGGCAUGAACAUCGGCCCCGCCUGCUUCUUGUAA